AUGGCCGCUCCCCCGGUGCCCCCCAGACCGUUCGAUGACUAUGAUCAGCCUCGCCGCUCGCAUGAAGGCUCGCCGCCUGCCCUGCCCCCUCUCCCGCCCGAUUUUCACUCGGAUCAGUAUCAAUCAGGUCCUCAUUACGAGGAUCCUCUCGUCGCACCUCGCCCACACAAGUUGCAGCCGGAUCUCCCACAAAACAUGGCGCGCACGCUCGACGAACAGGUCUAUACGCCUUCCUACCAACCCCCACAAGGCGCCAACCCUCCUUCCUUCCAACCACCACAAUCAUCGAGCCCUCCCUCCUUCCCCCAACCCAUGUUCAACUCCUCGUACGCGCCCUCCCCGCCCCAAUCGUCGCAACCACCACCCCACCAGGCAAAUCUAGGCUUCGCUGCUCCCCAAGGACGUCCCGUGUCUCGCGGCGCUAGCCCACUACCCCCUCCGCAAGGCUCCGACUGGUCUCCCUGGUCCCCUCCGCCCCAACAGCAACCUCUCGGUUUCGCUGAGUCCUUUUCUGGAAACCAUCUACAGCACCAGCACCAGCGCUCUCUUUCUGCCUCGCUCGCUGGUCUCAACCUCGGUCCGCGUACUUCACCUCCCGCCCCUUCUGGCGCGCGCGAUGGACCCCCUUCGCUCACCGCGCCUCUCCCUACGGUCGCAGUCCUUUCGGUGCAGCAGAUGGCUAUCCAACAACCGACGUGCGAUCCCGCGCGCAAGGUUGUGUGGUGCAAAGACGUGCUCGCGCUCGUCGAUCGCGCCCAACAGCUUCUCGCCCGCACAAACUCCAAUGCGAGCGAUCCCGCGGUCGGCCCGGCGAAGAUCGAUGACCCCGAACUCCAGAAGCUCGUCAACGUCGCGCUCCCCAUCGUCCUGCAGAUCGCCUCCCAGGCGCAACAGGGCCCGCUCGCUCCUCACGUCGCCGAGGCGAUCUACAUGCGCGCAACGUGCGCCGCGACCGGCAUCUACCCGCAAUUCAUCCCGCACGACCCGCGCAACGCGUUCCGGGACUUUGAGCGCGCAGCGAAGGCGGGCUAUCACUCCGCGUGGUUCAAGCUGGGGCGCGAGUACGAGAACUUCGGGGACAUGCAGCAUGCGAAGGACUGUUUCGAGCGCGGGAUGAAACACGGCGUCGAAAGCUGUUACUAUCGCCUCGGAAUGGCCCACCUCAUGGGCCAGCUUGGUUUCCAGCCGGACCCGCAGGCCGCGCUGCCGCUGCUCAGCCGCGCCGCGACGCUCGCGACCAUCGAGGUGCCGCAGCCGGCGUACGUAUACGGCCUGCUGCUGCUCAACGAGUUCGAGCAUGUGUCUAUCCCCGCGCACCUCUUCCAAACUCUACUUCCUCCGGGUGUGACGCCACAGGAGGAGGCGCGGCGACACCUCGAGCGCGCGGCGUACCUCAACUUUGCGCCUGCGCAGUACAAGCUCGGGCAUGCGUACGAGUUCGCCACGCCGCCAUUCCCAUUCGACGCGCUGCUUAGCGUUCAAUACUACUCGCUCGCCAGCCAGCAGGGAGAGAUCGAGGCAGAUAUGGCGCUUAGCAAGUGGUUCCUGUGCGGCGCCGAGGGCGCGUUCGACAAGGACGAGGGGCUCGCAUGGACGUUCGCGGAGAAGGCUGCACGGAAGGGUUUGCCUAGCGCGGAAUUUGCGCUCGGGUACUAUUCUGAGGUGGGCGUCGGCGGCCCCAAGGACGUGAACUCCGCGCGCAAGUGGUACAGCAGGGCCGCAGAGCAUGGCAACACCGACGCGGUCGAGCGACUGCAGGCCCUCGCGCAGCCCGACGCGCAGGCGCUCUCGCGCGAACAGCACGAGACGCUGACGGACGCGAAGCUUGUGCGCAAACGCACGCAGGCGAAGCAGCGCUCCGAGGCCGUCGCAGGUGCAGCGGGCGCGGCAGCGCUCCCCGCACCCGUGCCUGUGGAGAAACGCAGCCAGAUCGUGAGCAACAUCCGCAAGAACUCGAUGCUCGGCGGUCCGGUGGCGGGUGGUGUGGGUAUGGGGGCGUACGGCGCCGCCGCAGGCGCGCCCUCCGGAUACGGUCCCCCUGGGCCCUCUGGCUACGCCCCCUCCGGAUACGGUUCUGGGCUGCCACAGACGAGUUCGCCACCGAGCAUGGGGCGGCCUACGCGUCUGCCUCAGGUCGACGAGCAGGGCUACUCCGGCCGUCGUCCGUCAGGGCCCCCUGGCAGUGUACCACCCCCCGGCGCGUCUCCGCCCCACGGCGCCUCCGCGCGCCCGCGCCCGAACAGCCAGCAACAGCAGUUCCAGCAUGCGGCCCGCUACAGCCUCGUCGACCCCGGGUCGGGCGGCUCCUCGCCCGCGCCGUCGCCGCGCCCCCCGCAACAACAGGCUGCGGGGACGCCGCCGCUGCGCCGACCGGGUGGACCGGGCUCUUCGGCGGGCGCCCCUCAACCGCUACCGCAGAGCGCGCCUGAGCCGGCGCCGCAGAGGCCGAAGCCGGGCAAUGGCCCGAAGACGUUCGAGGAGAUGGGUAUCGCGACGCAGCGCGCAGAGGAGAACGGGAACUGCGUGGUGAUGUGAGGCGCGCGCGUCUCGUGUUUUCCGAGUCGAAAGGAAAGGUCCGGCGUGGACGCAGACGGGGGAGGCUCGCUCGCUCGCAUGCAGAGGACUAGUAUUCAACACUGCUGCCAUUGGAUCCGGAGGGGUGCUUGUGCGAUAUCCGUAGACCAACGUAACGACUGUAUAUCUUAGCUGACGCUCGCUUAUGUAUCCCCUGCACUUUGCUCUCGGACGCUCAUUGCGGACCCUUUACAUAUCCACAUCCCGGCGCAUUGUCGCCGUACAGACAUUUCGAAGCACGGACUCUAGAGGAUUGCUGUUCGAGUGUAAAAUCUCGGCCGGCCAUAAUCGAUGAAUUUG